AUGGCACACCUUGCCCCUUUCAUUAACUGCACGAAACGAUCAGGCAUUUUUUUCCAGUACGGUAGUAAUCUCCUUUGGUUCUUUCUGCAGAGUCCUAACACCAUGAGUGACCUGGGCACCCGGCUGGGAUGCGCCCUGGCCUCCCAGCUGCACCUCCAGCCGUCCCGUCACCAGGCGUCCCAUCAGCACCUGAGCCAGCCAGCCACGAGGCCGGCACUGUCCGCAGCCAUCUCCCAACGCCUGUCCCGGGCCAGCGGCGGAGGAUGCAGCGUCGGUCCUGGUGCCUUCACCGGCAGCUCCGGAGGACCAGGCUGCAGCGGUGGUGGCGGCAGCAGCAGCACCACGGUGGGCGCCCUGUGGGACAAGUCCACGUCGCUGCCGAGCAUCGCCGUGCAGCGCGUGAGCAUGCUGCCGGCCAAGCUGGGCUCUGGCGCCCGCACCCUGUUUCCCCACCCGGCCGCGCUGUCGCCGGCCGCUGCCGUCACCGGGGCGUCCGCCACUGCGCCGGCGUCGCAGCAACCGUCGUCGUGCGGCGCGGAACCCACGCUGCCCCCCGUGCUCGCCGUCGCAAACGGAAUCUGUCGAAGCCUGAGCUGCGCCGUGAACGGCACCAGCGGGCAUCGCAGCGUGUCUGACCUGAGGACAGUAGAGUCCCUGACCACGGGGUCCCUGGCGACGUCCGAAGCCCGGAGGCGACUGGGCGCUCCCUCACCGCAGGGCAACGGCCACAGCCCUGCCACGACGCCUGCCUCUGCGACGAGCAACGGAAGCGGACCUCCAACGGAUCCCUAUGGCAGGAGGCUACCCCUGUCGCCUGCCGAGGUUCUCAAGUACUACGGUGCCCGUCUGAACGGCUUUGAGAGGAGCGAAGUUCUUCAGUACCGCGAGGUUUGGUACCUCGGCCUGGAGGCGAGCAAAAUCGAUGCCGACGAAGUGGCCGGCCAGAACGGCGGGUACGACGACGAGAACGGCUCCUACAUCAAGGUCCUCCACGACCACAUCGCGUACCGGUACGAGAUCCUCGAGGUGAUCGGCAAGGGUUCCUUCGGUCAAGUCAUCAGGGCGUUGGAUCACAAGACCAACCAGCACGUGGCACUCAAGAUCAUACGCAACAAGAAGCGGUUUCACCAACAAGCAUUGAUAGAAGUGAAGAUACUGGACCACUUGACAAAAAAGGACCAAGACCAGUACCACAAUGUGAUUCACAUGUUCGAGUACUUCUACUUCAGGAAUCACCUGUGCAUCACGUUCGAGCUUAUGGGGAUGAACUUGUACGAACUGAUCAAGAAGAACAACUACCAAGGGUUCAGCCUCAACCUGAUUCGGAGGUUCGCUUAUUCGCUUGUCCAGUGUCUCCGCCUUCUUCAUCGAGAGAAGAUCAUACACUGCGAUCUGAAACCGGAGAACAUCCUCUUGAAGCAGCGGGGGAACAGCAACAUCAAGGUGAUAGAUUUCGGCAGCUCCUGCUUCGUCCACCAAAGGGUCUACACGUACAUCCAAUCCAGGUUUUACCGAUCUCCAGAGGUGAUUCUGGGCUUGCCUUACGGCACCUCCAUCGAUAUGUGGAGCCUAGGGUGCAUCCUGGCCGAGCUCUACACGGGCUUUCCCCUCUUUCCCGGGGAGAACGAGGCCGACCAGCUGGCCUGCAUCAUGGAGGUGCUAGGCCCACCUCCGCCUGCGGUCAUGGAACUGGCCACGAGAAGACGCCUGUUCUUCGAUUCCAAGAACAACCCGCGUACAUUGACAAACAGCAAAGGGAAGAAGAGAAAACCGCACUCGAAAACGUUAGCGGCCGUUCUGGGCUGCAACGACGAGGAAUUCGUGGAUUUUCUUUCACUUUGCCUGGAGUGGAAUCCCGAAACGCGAGUAUCUCCCGACGAGGCUCUGCGACAUGCUUGGCUCGCUGGGCCCAAGGACUCCAGGCAGCUAUACAAGACUGUUCAAGCCAUCACCGUCAAGGAGACUGAAACAGGCACCGUGUCCAGCUCGGUAUCGUACAAGGUCUACAAGUGCACGAAGCCCUCCGAGCAGAAAUUGAAAGACCAACGGAAAACGACGACGUCGAGUUGUGACACGAGCGCUUCUUCAGAGGAAUCUCCUGUACUGCCAAGUGGAGCUUCGAGCAACCGUGCCGCUAGCAGCAGUCGGCGUAGUCGCGAAGACCCCCUGGAAGACUCCGGCACCUUCCUUCCUCCUAUCCUGUGACACAGGCCCGUCCAGGGUAGAUGAAAGGAAGACUUCUGCUGGUUCCUGCCUUCUCACUCUCGAGACUCCCGCGUCUGAGCACAGCCGACGGCAUCGGCUACACCCCUUCCAGCCGUGGUUCCUUUGGUCACGCUUCGGAGCCACUGUUAUCAAACUCCAGAGCAGAGACACUCGCCUCUUCUUCGGGGUUCGAACAGGUCUCAACAUGACAACCCACUCGAUACAUUUUUACGUCAUGUGACGCGAAGCCAACACCCGACAGACUAGUUUCGUGAUAUAGAACUAGAUGGCGCCACGGGAGCAUGGCGUUUGAGGCUUCGACCAAUCAGGCUGCAGCAUUUUCCGUCAGCAUCGCCUGGAGAAGAGUCGGAUUUUUCCGAGACUGAGGGUGAAGGCGUCUAGUGAUUUUAGUCGACUCCAUUGUGACAUGCACACUGUCUUUUUGUGGUUAUAUAGUAAUCGAAAUGGCUUAGUCGGAUGCGCAGUCAUCCUUUCCUCGAAAUGAGUUGUGACAAGUGAUGUAGAACAACGUGACUGAACUUUACACUGAUGUGCGGACGGAAGGGAUGAAGUGAGUUUCUCUACACAACCUGGCCGUUUGUUGCCAGCGGAUAUAGGACGUCAGAGUCACCAAAUCUGACAUAUCUUUUGAGGGUUAAAUAUUUGGAGUCUUUCUGCACUUCGUCGGCGUAUAUAGCUGGUUUCUUGCCGUGUAUCCGAGCAGCUUGCUGUAUUAACACUUUUUUUUUUUCACAAAUGGAUCGCGACUGUUGAAACAAUGCAAUGAGCGAACGUAAGUCAUUUAUGAAUCGAUUGAGACAUCUAUCUCCAAUCGAAUUUUAUCGAUUUGCUCGCAGGCAAGUCGAUACUGCCAUUUUGUUUGGGUCGGUUAAGUGCAUAUUUUUAAUCAUCGCUAAGUUCGGUAAAAUACAUCUUAGUUUUUUUUUUUUUCUUUUUUUAUUAUUUCGAUUAGAAAAAAUAGUAGGCAAUUUCUAGGUAAUUGUUGAUGAAAUACUCAUAAAGGUACUUACUGAAUAUUAAGUCGAAGACUGGAUGUGUUCGAUGACGAUUGUAGAAUUUUGUGUCAAUAUCUCGAGGCUCUUUUAGGCUACGGUUAGAGCCACUAAAUAGGCUUAGAGUAUCGGCACUCCGCUUCACGCUCUUUCUCUGGGCACCGCCAUUUUGGUACUUGGUGCAGAGCGGACGCCAUUGGUGAUUAUUAUAAUUCGACAAUGCGACUUUUUGAGCUCGAGUUACGGCGUUGGAAAGCUCAGGCCAUAUUGUUAUGCUCGCGGACCGUUUUGCCGAGGACUGUUCGCACAGUUCUAUAAGACAAAAAACCGUUUCCCGCGAUUUCAGAUAAAGCUCCAGAUAACUGGAAACAAAGAUAUUUAAGAACCAAAAUGGCCGAAGUGCUGAUACUCGGAAGCGUAACUAAAUAGGUGGCUCUGGCUAAGGUCGUCCGUUGCAAAGAUGAAGCCCGGAGAGACGUUAUGAUUGGUGUAACAUUGUCACGUUAUUGUUUUUAUUCCCCGCACUCGCCCUUUCAUUGUGUCACGGAGUUUGCGACGUCCAUUGGAGGAGUCUGCCGGCAACUUUUCAUCCGGGUCUUCGACACAUUUUGCUGUGAUCUUUGUUGUCGGUUUAGCGACUUCAUUUUGAUGGCCGUGCUGUUAGUGUUUGCGUGUUUGUCGGGAUCGAACCCCUUUAUGUGUUCCAAGAUUCUCGGUGAAACGUGAAUUCAGUGUUCAAUGACGCGCGCUGAGAUGAUAUACUUAGUCCCCGCGACAGAAGGUACAGCUCGCAAUAACAAGAUAAAAACAGAUCGCCAAAGGUUUUUUUCUCGAGAUUUUAAAUUAAUUUAAAUAAGCUAGGAUCAAUUAGGUUUGUUUGCAAUACAUAAAGAAAACACUACAGCGUGAUGUAAAUAAAAAAAAACUGACGAUGAAAUGAGAUUAAGAAAAGUGUCACAUGCACAGUCCUUGUACUUACUCUUACACGUCCUUCCAGAGGGAUUUCCACUAGAUAAGACAAAUGUAGGCAUACUUUAGUCCUUUGAAGUGUCCAUCGCUGACCAAUGAAGUUUGUACGUCUCACAUUUUACUGCCUGCUGAGGUGAGCGCAGCCGAAAGGGUGUAAACCCAACGCCUUACACACUUUCGGAAUAGUUGCACGGUCCCCAUCUAGAGGAGGGUCGGGUGUAAAUAGAGAGUAGCGGCCUUGUUUGCACCCAUCAGGGUGUAUGAAAGGUCAACGAAACGGGCAUUUAAUCCUCGGUGGAUGCCGGGUUUCCGAAAUGAAGAGGUGACUUUCGCGAAGAGAAGGAUUGAGAAGAGAUGCGAGCUGCUUUCGGGGGAUUUGUGUCUAACGAAGACAUGCCAAGUGUUCCAACAGCACAGGUGUCUCAAAACGCCAACGUAGGCUUUUAACUCGAAUUGUUGUAUACUCACACUGACUAUAAGCCGAGAUGCUGAAGACAGUGCGUUGUGUGGCGCGUGUUCAGUUUUCUUUUUUUUUUUUCAUGUACAACUUAUUUUGCAAUGUCAAUCAUGUCCUUUACCACAUCUAAUAUGCAAGAAACGACCCUUGUAGGCGAGUUCAUGUCAGUCUCCCAAGAAACCUCAAUCUUGAAGUUUCAGAUUGACUGAAGAGAGCUUUUUCAGCGAGUCAAGCGUGUCAGCUAUUUCACGGUAUAGUACUUGCGGAGAGAUAAAAAAAAAGCACAUAGCGAUCGAGCAUCCACUAUCUUGCUGUUUGUUUCGUUGCCUGCACAUAUAGUGCCUCUUGUUGUCGCUAAUUAUAGUCAAUCUAUAUAUAUAUAUAUAUUAUAUGCAACAAAGGGUUCGAUGGAUUAAGACGAAGCGAGUAUUGAUUUUAACUUUGAUGUGCUAACGUUGUUCGCGAACCAAAGACGCGUUUGUUUUUCAACUAUUCGAGUUCUGAAGAACAAACAAGGAUACAUUAAACAAAACAAAAAACAACGCAAUAUCGCAAUAAACAAGCAAGUUUUCUUUAUCUUACGUGGUCAUUUAUAUUUUAUUACAUAGAACAACUCAUUAUUUUAGUUAUGAGUAUUUUGUAAUGAAACUCCUGAUUCUUCUGGUUCUAUGCUGCGUUUUAUUACGUUCAACCGCUCAGUCUCCUGGCAUCGUU